GAUGGAUAGAGAUAAAAACCCCUCUCUCACUCUCUCUCUCUAUAUAAAAAAAAAAAAUUACGACGCUUUUUUUCAUCGUUUCUCGUAUUUGAAGUAAAUCUAGAGAGUUUUUAGGGUUCCUCGCGAUCGAAGUGGUGCGCGAUGAAGGAGAAGAGGAUUCUGUUAUUUUUCUCAUGCUUAUGUGUGGGGAUAUCACUUGUUAUUGCAAGUUCCCAGCAUACUUGUCCAGCUAAUCUUGAGGCAAAGUGUGGUGAUGGGUCUACAGAUGAUUGGGAAGGGGAAUUUUUUCCUGGGAUCAAGAAAAUCAAGUAUGAGGGCCCUACUAGCAAAAACCCACUUUCCUAUAAGUGGUAUAAUGCCGAGGAAGAGAUUCUCGGAAAGAAAAUGAAGGAUUGGAUGAGAUUUAGUGUUGCCUUUUGGCAUACUUUCCGUGGCACCGGAGCUGAUCCUUUUGGUGCCCCGACAAAAUCAUGGCCAUGGGAGGACGGUACAAAUUCCGUUGCUAUGGCUAAAAGACGAAUGAGGGCGCACUUUGAGUUCAUGGACAAGCUCGGAGUGAAUAGAUGGUGUUUCCACGAUCGUGAUAUUGCUCCUGAUGGCAAAACACUCGCGGAAACGAAUGCAAACUUGGACGAAAUAAUUGCCUUAGCAAAGGAGCUUCAGGAGGGGACUGAUAUAAAGCCAUUGUGGGGCACAGCUCAGCUAUUCUUGCAUCCGCGCUACAUGCACGGAGCAGCUACCAGCUCGGAAGUCGGAGUGUAUGCUUAUGCUGCCGCUCAAGUUAAGAAAGCCAUGGAGGUGACUAACUACCUAGGAGGAGAAAAUUAUGUUUUCUGGGGCGGGCGAGAAGGGUAUCAAACCCUUCUGAAUACUGAUAUGCAAAGAGAGCUCGAUCAUUUGGCAAAAUUUCUUCAAGCAGCUGUUGACUAUAAGAAGAAGAUCGGGUUUAACGGGACGCUAUUGAUAGAACCUAAACCUCAAGAGCCAACAAAGCAUCAGUAUGACUGGGAUGCGGCAACUGCCUUUGCUUUCUUUCAGAAGUAUGGCCUUCAAGAAGAGUUCAAACUGAAUAUCGAGUGUAACCAUGCAACUCUAUCUGGUCAUAGCUGCCAUCAUGAGCUUGAAACUGCGAGAAUCAAUGGGUUACUUGGAAACAUUGAUGCCAACACUGGUGACCCACAGAUUGGGUGGGACACAGAUCAGUUCCUAACAGACAUUGCGGAAGCAACGUUGGUUAUGUUAAGCGUCGUUAGAAAUGGAGGACUCGCACCUGGUGGAUUCAACUUCGAUGCCAAAUUGCGGAGAGAGAGUACUGAUGUCGAGGACAUGUUCAUUGCCCACGUCUCCGGUAUGGACACCCUUGCUCGCGGCCUUCGCAAUGUUGCUAAACUGAUCGAGGACGGUUCUCUCGCUGAGCUUGUUCGAAAGCGCUACCAAAGCUUCGACUCCGAAAUUGGGGCUCAGAUUGAGGCUGGGAAGGCUGAUUUCGAGACACUAGAGAAGAAGGCAAUGGAGUGGGGAGAGCCUUCUGUUGCAUCUGGAAAGCAGGAACUUGCUGAGAUGAUAUUUCAAUCUGUUCUUUAGAUGAGAGAAACUGAGAAAGCCACUGACAAAGAAUAAAAUAUUCCGAAGCGUUUUUAGGAAUAGGUGAUGCUCAUAAGCAUUAAGUAGAUGUGCCGUCGAUUUUCAUUUCUCCUUUCUUUUUUUUUUUUUCCCCUUCCCUUUUUUAUCCUUUCGGAGACCAGAAGACUAUGCUUUAGUCAAUAACAACUCUUCCAUGACCUCCAAAAGAGAAUGUACCAGUUUGGAAUCUAAUAAUAACAAAGAAACUGCAUCUGAGUCACAUAUGGUGCUGUUUUCAUCUCCGUAUUUCCUGGUAUGCAGAUAUUGUUCUUAAUGGUUCGCUGGGAA